AUGACAGGGAUAGUCAAUUCGGUGGAACGAUCAAUCAUUUCUGCUCUGGAAGAGAAGGAGAAAGAGGUUGAAAGAAUAAUUAACUGCUACGAACACAUCCAAUCCAAGCACAAUGAUGAUGAUUCGUUGGAGAAGAUUAGAGAAAGGAGGUUAAGGGAGCUGGAGAAUUAUCACAGGGAAAGGCAUCAAUAUUUAGCUAAAGGGCAUGGAGUUCUAAAUGAGGUGUACAAUGAUAAGGAUUUUUUUGACAUAUGCAAGCGUAGUAAUUUGCUGGUAAUCCAUUUUUAUCGUCCCAGUACUGUUAGGUGCCAAAAAGUAGAUGGAUAUCUAUCAAAAUUAUCAGAAAUACAUUUUAAGAUACUAUUUGUCAAACUGAACGUGGAAAGGGCGCCAUUUGUUUCAGAGCGUUUAAAAAUCUGGUGCAUUCCUACGAUCGCUAUGGUAAAGGAUUCCAAAGUUAUACAUUCAAUCAUUGGUUUGGAUGAAUUAGGCGGUGAUGAAUUCUCACAGGAAGAUUUUGAAGCUGUGAUUGAUAGGUACUUGAAAUAG